CAGACCUACAACUAAGAUAUCAAGUCACCAAUUGUCUCGUCACGAAAAUAGCUAAAACAAGAGGAAUCAGCAAGGAAUAAAAUAGACAGACACCAAGUUUAAACUAUUAAUAAUACAAAAAUAAAAGGAAAUCAGAUACUUAUUCAAAUUCUCAAAAGAACGUGAGAGAAAUUUUAAGGCGCAAGAAACAUUUUACAACUGAAUUUACAAUUGGCGACGUCAGAUUGACUCUAGUGCAUAUACCUUAUCAUUGUCAAAAACGUAGAUUGAUAAUUCUUACUCCCAUCUCUAAAGGACAAACAGGAAAUUUUAAAAUAAAAUAAAAGAAGAAAUAUAAAAACAUAUAUAUUGAAUGAAAUGAGGCUUUUAUAUUUCUUUGUAGGAGCCUUGGUGGUAGGUGUAGCAGAUGCUAUUCAAUGCUACAGCUGUACAUUUGGUGGAGUGGGACCUAAGGAAUGUGUCACGGACCCAGAUAGUGUGGCUACUGCCAAUAAGGAGAUAAUACUCUGCGGUCAUUCGGGCGAGGAUGUAACGACACUCCUUACAAACAAGGAUGCACGGGUGAAGAGGACCAACUAUUCCAGUCAUGCUACUGGAUAUGUGAAGAUGGGGACUUCUGUAAUAAAGACAAUCAUGACCUCGGGACAGGGACACCAGCCCCCAGCAGCACAGAGACACAUGUACCAGCAGUUUUACUCACAAUCGGGACUAUAUUAUCAGCCAUUUUGUUAAUGUAGAUAACGGAGGAACAUUUCCACAUGUACCACAUUCUCUUUAUCAUCCUCACAGAGACCUCUAUAGAUUCAUAACUAGGAAUAAUUGAUAGCCAUAACGUCACUGGACAUUUUGGAAGUCAGUUUUCUACCUGACAAUACAAGAAUGGGCAGACCACUCUGAUAAGGAGUAUUGCUUUUCAAUGUCUUCCUAAUCCUAAUAAUACAUAUUUAAAGUUAAAAUAUCUCAAUACUUCACCCUUUUGGCAAGAUGGAAACAGAUUUUUCACAGGGUGGCAUAUAUUUCCUGAAUUUUCAGCAGGUUGGAGCACCUGGUUGCUCUAAAUGUGGGGGAUCAU